CACCUAUCUUCGUUGCCAAUGUUUGCUCGAUUUACGCGUCUUCCUCUCAGGAGGUGCAUUCACACUGCUUCUGGUUCUGCAAAAACCAGUCCUAGCCUUGGGCGCACCUCGAAAGUGAUGCUAGGAGUUUCGGCUGCUGCGACGGCUUAUGUGUCAUGGAAUUUGGCCUCGGACAGGAACAGAAUCCAUCUCGACAGCCCCAGCAAAUCUUCAGUUCCCAAACCAUCCACUCCAUCAUCCACCUCUUCCCCGCAACAACCACCAGAAGUACCUCCUCCCGAGCCGACUACACCUUCUCCCUCAUCUGCACCCAAGUCUGAGGCACCCUCAGCACCCUCUACAGAAGGCUCCGAGCCCGCUGAGCAGGGCUCAUCUAGCAGCGGAGGUGGAGGAGGAGCGUACAACCCGGAGACAGGCGAGAUCAACUGGGACUGCCCAUGCCUAGGUGGCAUGGCCCAUGGCCCUUGUGGUGAACAAUUCAAGGAGGCCUUCUCAUGUUUCGUGUUCUCAGAGGAAGAGCCGAAGGGUAUCAACUGCGUUGAAGCCUUCAAGAAGAUGCAGGAUUGCUUCAGGGAACAUCCCGAACACUACGCUGACGAAAUUAUGGACGAUGACGACGACGAUGCUGCUCCCCCUGUCAACGGUUCAGACGCUGGAGAAGAUUCUGGAAAGGUCGGAGAGGCUGCACCAGCACCCGAAGUAUCGACACCAACGCCUGCAGCCCAACACCAGACAGAGUCCACCUCAUCACCCUCCCAUUAACUUGCUAAUGGGAUAAAACCGCCUCUCCCUGAGGUCUUUGCAGAUAUACGCUAAUACUAACUUAAUACCUAUCAUUAUCGCUGGGACUGUCGGUGCCGACCUCCUCUACCACCACUCAACGCGUUUGGUAUCACACAUAGAU